AUGUCUGGAAAGCGCGGUCGAGGUUCUACCUCCGGUAACAAGCUCAAGAUGACUCUUGGUCUGCCAGUCGGCGCCGUCAUGAACUGCUGCGACAACUCCGGUGCCCGCAACCUGUACAUCAUCUCCGUCAAGGGUAUUGGUGCGCGUCUCAACCGCCUGCCCGCUGGUGGUGCCGGUGACAUGGUCAUGGCGACCGUCAAGAAGGGAAAGCCCGAGCUGAGGAAGAAGGUCAUGCCCGCCGUCAUUGUCCGCCAGAGCAAGCCAUGGAGGCGAGCAGACGGUAUCUACCUGUACUUCGAGGACAACGCCGGUGUCAUUGUCAACCCCAAGGGUGAAAUGAAGGGCUCCGCCAUCACUGGACCCGUCGCAAAGGAGGCCGCUGAGCUGUGGCCGCGUAUCGCCUCCAACUCCGGUGUCGUCAUGUGA